AUGAGAGAUGCGAGGGUUGUAUGUCGUCAACUUGGUUAUAAAGAUGCUGUCAGAACACUUCGAAGGAAUAUUCCUUCAGGUUCAGGAAUUAUAUGGCUAGCUUACGUCGCUUGUAAUGGAAAAGAACAAAAUAUCACAAGUUGUACCCACAGUCCUUGGGGAGUUAAUCAUUGCUCUCAUUACCAAGACGCCGGAGUGGAGUGUUCCACAAUUGAUUUUUCAGACGAGGCUGUAAGAAUAAGAUUACAAGGACCAUCAAGUACAAAUGGUACUGGCCGUGUUGAAUUAUUUUAUCAUGGAUAUUGGGGGACAAUCUGCAGCUUUGGUUGGGACAUGAAAGAUGCUAGGGUUGUCUGUCGUCAACUCGGUUAUGAUCUGGAUCAUACAUAUGUUAGGGCACUUCCUAGUAAUCUUGUUCCACCUGGUUCUGGGCCAGUAUGGUUAUCUCGCGUCUCUUGUACUGGGGAAGAACAAAAUUUAACAAGCUGCUCUCAUAGUGCAGCUGUAAUAGUAAGGUUGCAAGGACCAUCAAGUUCAAAUGGUACUGGUCGUGUUGAGGUAUUCUAUCACGGGCAAUGGGGUACAAUCUGUGAUUAUGAAUGGGAUAUGAGAGAUGCCAGGGUUGUUUGUCGUCAACUUGGUUAUCGAGAUGCUGUUAGGGCCCUCAAAGGUGGCCAGGUACCUCCUGGUUCUGGAAAGACAUGGUUACCUUAUGUUUCCUGCACUGGAGAAGAGAACAAUAUUGUAAGCUGUCCUCGUAAUAAUUGGGGAUAUUAUUCCUGCUCUCAUUCUAGAGACGCUGGAGUCGAAUGUUCAACAAAAGAUUUUUCAACCAAACCUGUGCUGGUCAGGUUGCAAGGACCGCUGAGUGCAAAUGGUACUGGUCGUGUUGAAAUAUUGUAUCAUGGUUAUUGGGGAACAAUCUGUGAUCGUGAUUGGGAUAUGAGAGAUGCCAGGGUUGUAUGUCGACAACUUGGGUAUGCAGAUGUUGUUAGAACUCUUCAAAGGCACCAGGUUCCUUCUGGUUCCGGAGAGAUAUGGUUAUCUUAUGUCGCUUGUACCGGGGAAGAGAAGAAUAUUUCAGAUUGUUCUCAUAAUGGUUGGGGGAAUCAUUAUUGCUCCCAUCAUAACGACGCCGGAGUAGAAUGUUCCUCAACAGAUUUCUCAACUACGCCCGUGACGCUAAGGUUACGUGGACCAUCAAGUGAAAAUGGAGCAGGUCGUGUUGAGGUGUUCUAUCACGGAUAUUGGGGUACAAUCUGUGAUUCUUUAUGGGAUUUCAGCGAUGCUAGGGUUGUAUGCCAUCAACUUGGCUAUCCGGAUGCUGUUAAAACUCUUCAAAGAAACGAAGUCCCCAAAGGUUCUGGACAA